AAACGUCAAAUCGCUGUAUGGCAUCUCUGUUCAUACAAAUAAAAGAUGGAGAUGUAAAUUUACAAAACUCCAGAUUUUCUCACGAUUUUUUGAAUUUAUUCAAUGCUUUCGAUUGCAAUAAAUUUUUUCGAUUAAUUUUAAAAUGUUCCCAUUCAAACAAAAUCCAAUUCGAACCGGUCUCCAAUUGAAUAGUGACGAUAAUGCUCCCAUGCAAUGGCCGAUGAACCAAGCCGCGUAUCAAAAUUUAUCGAACGAUCAAGUGGACUGGGCUGCACUGGCACAACAAUGGAUUUACAUGAAAGAAUCGUUUCCGGAAGACAAUUCGAUGCCGACAGCCCCGCCACCACCGAACAUAUCCAGUUUACGAGACUUCGAUGAAAAAGGCGAAGCUGAAAUGGAAGUUGAAAAGGAAGAUGAACCGAUUCCGAGUCUUCUUUCAAUACAGACGUCUAGAGGGGACGACUUUUCGAAUCAACAAGAUAAUAAUUGGCAGCAAUCAAGUGGUUGGAACACACAUUCACAGCACCAUUGGCGAAAGAAGCCUGGCUGGAACACAUGGACCAAUCCAAAUGUUCAACAAUCGGCGCCACCAUUCAGACAACCACUACUUCCAGACCCUACAAACGCGUCGAACAAAAAUUCACCGAGCACAUUGUGGCACAAUUUUCCUAAUUCCAAUUCUGAUCAGUCUGGAUCGACAGAUAAAGCGAAACCUAGUGUUAACAUAGAUAACUUUCCUACACCGUUAGAUGCUGCCAAACGCAAAACUCUUCCCGCAUGGAUCAGGCAAGGGUUGGAGAAAAUGGAACGAGAAAAACAGAAAAGUGCCGAAAAGAAACAGCCGAAGGAAGAAUUGAAUUUCAAUCCACGACGUGAAAUUAAAUUGGAGAAAUUGUCGCCGAGACAGUUCAGCAAGUUUGACAGUGAAUCGGAAAGUGAUGAAAGCGACGACAGAAAGCCAACGUUACUUAGUGGCCCACCAGUUAGUCCACCAGUCGAACGAAAGUCACGCCAAGAGCAAUUACAAGACCUUAUGAUUGCCGUGCGAACAUCAUUGACCGACAUACUGUUGGAGGUGACCAACGAAGAAAUUCGUAACAUUGCAACGGAAAGUCUAAGUAAAAUUCGGUUAAAAGCACGUACAGCUCAGACAGUGUCGAAAUCGGCAUUGACCUCAUUAACUGGCGGCUUAGGUAAGUGGGCGAUCGGUUCGAUGUUUUUUAAUUCAAAAAAUAGUCAAAACAAGCAAAAUCGUCACAUUCUAGGACUGGGUAUUUAUGCCGAUAGCGAUAUUUCCGAUUCAAGUUCUGAUGAGAAUAACGCCAAUGAAAGCUGUGACUCCGAAGCAGAAUUACAGGAACUGGUGAAACGACGCAAAUUAUCAUUCGAAGCGAAAGAGCGUGAAAUCGAGGCUGCUCUCUUGAUUGAAGAAGAUAAAGAGAAACAGUGGCUCGAUGAAGAUGAGGACGAUAAGUUAGAUGGAACUGUGAAAAGUUCCAAAAUUGUGACCAAUUCAGACCACAAAGAAACUGGUGAGAUACAACAUGAAAAAAUUAAGGCCGCUCAUGGUCGCAUGAAAGAGAAGAAGGCCUCCCGUUUUAGUGAUGCCAGUGAUAUUGUCAAAAACAUUUACACUCACGGAUCACUCAUCUACGACCGGCCAGCACACGAUAAAUCAUCGAAUCUGCCCAACAAAUUCGAUGGACAAGAGCUUCCGUCGCGAAGUAAUUCUCAGACAAAUAACAAAGAUUCAGAUACGUCUAGUAGUUCAUCGGAACGUUAUCAUCAUCGAUCCAAGCGCUCGACUAAGGCUGACAAUAGUUCGGAUGACAGUGAUGAUGAUCGUUCGAAACGCUCGAAAUACUCGAAACGACGACGAUCGUCGUCGCGUGAACGAAGCUAUUCGUCGUACAAGAAAUCAAGUAGAUCGAGUAAGCACUCCCAUUAUGGUGAUAGGGAUCGAGAUCGUUCGCCUUCCCGAGACAGAGGCAGUAGAAGCUCGACAUAUUCAAGCUCCAAAUACAAGUCACGAUCACGUUCCCAUUCGAAGGAUCGUCGAUCGCACCAUCGGCAUUAGCUUGAAUAAGUAGAAGAAAAGAAACAUGAUGAAGAAGGAGAGUGUAAGUAUAAACUUGUGCUUAAUGAAGGAACGAAACGAUAAAUAAACAGAAAAAUGAAAUUAUUACUUCAA